AUGACGCUCAUCCGUCUCACAGACACUCGUUCCCCAGAACAACUAUUUUCAUUUCACGAAUCCAACAUUCUAGGAGCCAACCCGAGCAAAGGGGCGAUUGUCCGCCUAUGCCUGAUAGAGCUGCAGCGAAAGCACGCGUUAUGGCUCUUGCUCUCAGCACCAUUUUCCCUCUCGCAAAGCACUUACAGCCUUAUAUCCCCCGACUUCCUCAAGAUAUUUCCGAAUAUCAAGGUCUGUUGCGAUAAGCUGUCCUUUGAGGAUGGAACGCUCCCAUCCGGGUAUGAGCAGUUUCUCCAGCCCUUACCCCGGGACCAGGUGGACAAACUUCUUCAUCAUACAGAACCUUGGCGUGCCGAUGGGGUCAUCAGUGAUCUCAUCAUACCUUUACCUUUUUCCACAUGA